UUCGGUAAAAUGGUUUUGCUUGCCUCCAUUAGCUUGGGUCUUCUUUUGAGUUUGUGCUCCUUGGCGAUUGCUUAUCCCUAUGAUGGGCGUAUAGUGGGCGGAGAAGUGGUCAGUUCUGUGGAGGAUUUUCCCUAUCAGGUGUCGGUGCAAUUAAAUGGUCAACAUAUUUGCGGUGGAGCCAUUAUUGGUGAUCAUUUCGUAUUGACAGCUGCCCAUUGCUUUGAGGAGCCCUGGACCGAAAUCGAUUACAGUGUGCGUUUGGGCACCUUGGAGCAUGCUCAUGGCGGACAAUUGUUGAGCCUCAAGCGCAUCAUACGCCAUGGUGGCUACAAUUCACAAACCCAUGACAAUGAUCUGGCCCUGUUGCUACUCAAUGCCAAGCUCAAUUACACCGAAGAGCUGCAGGCUUUGCCAUUGGGCGAUGAAUUGACCAUUGACACACGUCUCAUGGUCAGCGGCUGGGGCUUUCAGAGCGAGGAGGGUGAAGAAGGUGUCUCACCUGUGCUCCGCUAUGUGGAUGUCGACCAUGUGGCCAUGGAAGAGUGUCGCUUGGCCUAUAGGCAAGUCUUGCCCAUCACUCGUCACAUGAUUUGUGCUGCCCGCGAGGGUCAUGACAGCUGCCAGGGGGAUUCGGGUGGUCCGCUUGUCGGUUAUCAGCCAGGCCAACGGCAAGGUAAACUCUUUGGCAUUGUUAGCUGGGGUCUGGGCUGUGCCAAUCCUCAAUAUCCUGGUGUCUAUGCGAAUGUGACUGCCUUUCGGAACUGGAUUGACGCCCAGGUGGGAGCCUGGGGCUGGCAGCAACUAUUAGGUGGUUGGAGUGGCAUUCAAAGAACUGAACAUUAGUCAAAAAACAAAAAUAAAUAAAUUAAGAUGAGAA